GUUUUUCAUGAACAAAAAUAAAGUUUAGGCGUUGGAAUACAACGAACUAGGCCGAGGCCACGGCCACUUUCUUCUACUGCCUUAUUCGUAAUAUGUGAACUUUAUCCGAAGGUACAUAUGAUGACAUAUGGGUCUAAAAAUUACCAGUAUGGUAGAUCUCCGCGUCAGGAGAUGUUGGACGACAUGAGGGAGGAGCUGUUGAAGGCUAAAAAGGCCAAUGCACAGCUCGCACUGGACAAUCGCCUUCUAAAUACUAAAUUACAACGCCUGUCAAGAGAAAUUAGAAUAUAUACUGGUGCGAAACUUCCUAAGAUCGAACAUACAGAACGUCAUCAGCAGUCUGGUUCCAAUUCCACAGAACGUCAUCAGCAAUCUGGUUCUCGUUCUACAGAACGUCAUCAGCAACCUAGCUCCAACUCAAGUUCUCAGUCGAAUAGCAGAUCGUCGCAAAAGAAAAGAAGCCGUUCGAAACCAAGGCUGCGAUCUAGCGAAAGCAAAGCAGAGCCAAUUGUGCAAAUCAUUACACGUACAGAAACGAGUCCGGGAGGUAAAACUGCUGAGGAAAACGAGCUUUCGAAUCAAAUACGAGUUCUCCAUGAGAAGAACAAGAAGAAGCUGAAGGUCGCCAAAGCUUAUGCAGAACAAAAUCGUAAGCUAAAAGAGAGACUAAAACAAAUGAGAGAAGAAUUUCACGAGCUACAAAAAAUACCAAAAAUUGAAAGCGGAUCUGGCACUCCCUCAAUCCAGUUGAAUGGUCUGGAAAGUCACCUAGUCGAUCUGGUAUCGAAGCUUGAAUCCACACGAUUUCAAGAAAAUGGAGGAGUUGAUACUGGUGAUGAUGAAGAAACUCCUGAUGAUAAUCCCAGUGAGCCAGGCCAGGAUGAUGAGAGGGAUACAAACAGCGAUGAUCAACGUCAAAACGGAACCGCAAACAAGUCAGCAAAUGUGGAAGAUCAGGUACCACCUGAUGUGCUUCUUUACGUCAUUAGCGAGCUGGCUACGGCACACUAUGAACGUCGACGAGUUCUGGAAAUGUUGGACGCGGGCUGACGUCUCGAUCAUAUCACAUAUCGCACAAAUGAAUGCUUUGUUUUGAGCCUCUAUAAUGCUAGGAUUGGUCG